AUGGCAAGAUCAGGUCACUCCACUCAGGUGACUUCCGGAAGACAUAGGGCACGUCAACCACAGACACAGAAGCUCACAGAAAACAAAAUUUUGGAGUUGAAGAACUACCUUCCUGAGUGGACUUUGGCAAAAUGGAAAGAGAGGGCUGCCAGGUUAUUUGCUCCUAAGGUUGACCAAGCACAAUGGAAGAAGAGGAAGCAGAUAUACAAGACUUGGUUGUUCAACAACAGGAAAAAGAAGGAAAGGAAGGACAUGAUAAAGUAUGGGAGGAAAUGGACCCCUAGGAUGGUGAUCUACCAGUGGAACUGGGAAGAGGUGCUAAAGAGGAUCAAGGAUGAGUCCAGGGCAAAGCCAGGAGGUCCCAGUAUGUUCAAGCAUUAUCAGGUGGCUGUGAAGAGAGUCAUGGCUGAAUUGUCUGACAAUGAGUUGGAGAAGGCAAAGGAAACAGCUGAAGAAUGGUCCAACAACUUUCCUCCUCCUGAGAUACAGGCACAAGUUGCUUGUAAGAAGGGACCUGCAUAUAUGGAGCACUUUUCGAAGGAGAUGUGGAGGCAAUGCAGGAUGAGAGUGUUUGUGAUGUCGGCUUGGAAGAAUGAACAGGGAGAGGUGCUGUUUGGGAUGCAUGAUGAUAAUGAGGCAUUAGGAGAUGGGGACAGCUUCAUGAAGAUGAAGGACUGGGAGGACAUCAAGCCAGUUUGGCAGGAGUAUGCACAGGAACAGUUCAGUGCUGGGGCACAGGAUGGAGGACAACAGAUGAAGGGAGGUCAAAAAAGAAUCAGAAAGCCUGCUUUCGAACUGGAAACUGACAGAGAUGGAAUGCUGUUGCUUCCGGACAUCACUGAAAUGAAACUUGAGGAGAAGAGGGCCAUAGUGAGGGCAUUUCUUACAUCGCACUAUCAUGAGUCUAUCGUCGCAACACCCAAGAAUUUGUUGAAUGCAUGGACACAGGAAUCUGUUCUGGGAGCAACAAGGCAGAAGUAUGUUCUGGCAGAUGUGGACUUGAAGGAGCCUUCCAAGUUACAAAAUUGGGACACUACGGCCUUACUCAAUUUCUGGCAUGCUCAGCAGGAGAAAGGUGAAGGACCAACAUUCCUGUUCAAAGCAUGGAAGAACAAAGAUGGAGACAUGGUAGCAUUGGUUGUGUCUGGGAAUUUGCCUUCUCAUUGGACUUGUAAAGUCAGAAAGCAGAUGAUCCAAAGGCCUCGGAAUUCAUCAACCGACACCGAGAGUGAUCCCAGGAGUAAUCCCAAGAGUGACUCUCAUCACAUGGAGGAUGAUGUUGAUGAUGAUACAGCUGAUGGUAGAUCCCCACAAAAGAGACCCAGAAGAGAGCCAGGUCCUUCAACAGCACAUGAUAGGACAGCAGUCCCACAUGCAAUUCCAAAGCCUCACCUGGUCAAGCCAGCAAAAACUGGUGCACUGCUGACAUCAUGA